ACUGCUGCUGCUACAUAGCCUGAAUACCUCUGGCGUCUGCUCAAUCCCUGAGGGUGUUCGCCUCUUAUCCAUAAGCUACUGAUUGCUAUAGCAGACCCACACCUGUCUAAAUCUCAGGAAUGGCAGAGGCAGGGGCCGCUGACAACAAAACCCACACAACAGAUAUGGCAAACCUGCAGGAGGACAUCAGGUGUCACGUAUGCAGCAAGAUGUACUCCUACCCAAAGACAAUCGACUGCCUGCACUCAUUUUGCAUUUCGUGUCUGCGCUCGCUCAGCACACUCAAUACCAAUGAUCACACGGUUGUUGUGUGUCCCAAGUGCAACUGUGAAUCUGAAGUUCCCGACAAUGAUUUCGAAGCCUAUCCAGAUGCAUUCCACAUCAACAGGAAGAUUGUGGUGCACAGGUUCCUCCAAAUAGUGAACGGGAGUGUCCCUGCACUGUGUGAGAAGUGCUCAAACAAGAAAAGCGAGAAGGCGACCUCGUAUUGCCCCGAAUGCGCGCAGUUUAUCUGCCACCUGUGUGUCACAAUCCACGGCUGUUGGGGUGAGUUCCAAUCCCACAAAGUGAUUCCUCUGAGCGACCUGAGGAACUCCACUGGUGACUGCAUCUCUCACCAGAGUGAGCCUCUCUUGUGUCCUGCCCACUCUGGGACGUGCACCAUGUUCUGCGAGACUUGCCAAAUGGAAAUUUGCCAC